ACAAAGGUAAUCAUAUCAAUCUAUACCGUUACAAUAUGAAGCUCUUGUUUUUCGUCUUAAUAUUUGUCAUUGGAUACGUCGUGGGUUCUGAUUUGGAUCUGCCACCGAAAAUAUUUUACGAUUUAAACGGCUCAGAGGACCUUUUCCAGAAAUAUGUGAUUGAAUAUGACAAACACUAUAACGAAGAAGAAUAUUGGGCGCAUUAUGAGAUAUUCAAGGAUAAUUUAGAAAAAAUUAAUGAACUCAACAAAAAUAGUAAUUCAACUGUAUAUGACAUCAAUCAAUUUACCGAUCUCAAGUUCGAAGAAGUUGCUAAUACUUACAUGGGAAUGAGUUUAAAAAUUGACGUCACGAAUGUGAAAACUUACGAGCCUAAAGGUUUUGCUCCAGCUAGUUUAGACUACCGUAGAAAAGGUUGGGUUACUCCUAUAAAAGAUCAAGGUCACUGUAAUACGUGUUAUAUUUUCAGCGCAGUUGGUGCCAUCGAAGGCUGGCUGGCCAGGCGCACUGGAAGACUGAUUUCUUUAUCAGAACAAGAAGCAUUAGAUUGUGAUAUCUAUGAAGAUGGUUGUAAAACAGGUGGCAUUCCGGUGAAUGCCAUGAAUGUAAUUAGUCAACAAGGAGGAUGUAUGACAGAAGUAGACUAUCCAUAUGAACAAAAAAAGGGUCAAUGCCGUACUAAAAGCUCAAAGAUUGUAGCCAAAAUUUCUGGAGGAUUACAAAUCGAUGUAAAAAACGAAAAUGAUUUAAAAGACGCGUUGGCCAAUUAUGGCCCAUUGUCUAUUGGACUAAUUGUUGGUGAAGGCUUUUGUCAUUAUAAGGGAGAUAUAUUCAGAGGCAGCUGUGAAGGAAAUGGGAAGCAUGCUGUGUUGCUUGUAGGUUACGACUCAGUUCGUGGUGAGGAAUUUUGGAUCAUAAAGAAUUCGUGGUCCGAACGCUGGGGAGAGAGAGGCUACAUGCGUAUGAAGAUGGGAGCCAAGCUUUGUGGUAUUGGAAACUAUGUUGCUGCAGCUGUAUAAGUUAAAUAAAAAAAAUACUGGUCAAUAAAAUAAAUGUAUACACAAUU